UGGUUGCCAACCAACUGGGCACCUGAAGAGCAGGGGUGUGGCCUUAGGAAUGGGAGAGGGGCGGGGCUCCACUGGACCCGCCCUCGGGGAGGGGGCAAGACUGGGAGUCUACCUACUCCCUCGGGCUCCGCCCACAGCGGGAAGCGGGGAGCCCAAGGUCAAGUUUACUCUAGGCCCCGCCCCCAGCCCGGGUUAAGGCGAGUAACCCGGUCCCCACCCUGGUUGAGCAGCCGGUCUGCGGUCCCUGUGGACCCCCGAGGUUCGGGUGCCGCUGUGGAGCCGAGCGACGCGCAGCAGGGUGGCCACUGCAGUGGGUGCGGAUGUGUGUGACAGCAUGAAGAGCCGAAUCCCUGUGGUGCUCCUGGCCUGUGGGUCCUUCAACCCCAUCACGAACAUGCACUUGCGCUUGUUUGAGGUGGCCCGAGACCACCUCCACCAAACAGGAAUGUACCAGGUGAUCGAGGGCAUCAUCUCACCUGUUAAUGACAGCUAUGGGAAGAAAGACCUGGUGGCUUCCCAUCACCGAGUAGCCAUGGCCCGGCUGGCCCUGCAGACCUCUGACUGGAUUCGGGUGGACUCCUGGGAGAGUGAGCAGCCACAGUGGAUGGAAACGGUCAAGGUGCUGAGGCACCAUCACGGUGAGCUGCUCAAAUCCUCAGCCUCGACGGAAGGUCCAGACCCCAGCAAAACCCCGUCAGCCUCUGCAGCACUGCCCGAGCUGAAACUCCUCUGUGGAGCAGAUGUCCUGAAGACCUUCCAGACCCCCAACCUCUGGAAAGACGAGCACAUUCAGGAGAUCGUGGAGACGUUCGGCUUGGUGUGUGUGAGCCGGGGCGGUCAUGACCCGAAAGGGUACAUCUUGGACUCGCCUAUCCUCCGACAGUUCCAGCACAACAUCCACCUGGCCAGGGAACCCAUUCAGAAUGAGAUCAGUGCCACGUACAUCAGGAAAGCCUUGGGCCAAGGGCUGAGUGUGAAGUACCUCCUCCCUGAUGCUGUCAUCAACUACAUCAGGGACCAUAGCCUCUACAUCGGUGACAGUUCCUGGAAAGGAAGAGGAAGGAGUAGCUAGAAGGCCUCCGAGAGUGGGCAGUUCAGGGCUUUGUUUUGUUUUGGGGUCUGUUUCCCUUUCUGUUUGUUUUGUUUCUGUGGUGGCAAUGCCAUUGGUGACUUCCUUCCCCAACAGACUGUUCCCAUGACUGGAUAGUUGUGUAUCAGAGCAAUUUAAAUGGCGUGGCAGGUCAUCUGAUUAGACAAAACCUCUCAGAGCCACUGAUGAGGAGACCGGUUUACUUUGUGUAAAUGGUAAUUAUAGGAUGUACACUGAUGUUAUUCUGAACAUAGCAGGCCCCUGAGGGGUCAGAUCAUAGUUGCCCUCAUUCUUUUUUUUUUUUUUUUUUUAAACUCAGACCAGGUGCAUUAUGCUGGUCUUGAUUGGAAGGAUUUGACAGGUUGCUAAUUACUGAACAGGGGCCUUUGCAACGUCCUUGUUUCAAACAGAAUAAUACCAUGUGAGGAUUCAGAAAUCUGGAAACAGUACAUCAUGAUUUCCAGUGUAUUCUCCCUUACAAACAAUUGCCUGCCUGCCUGCCUGCCUAUGGUAUAGCAUAAAAAAUUUUGACCACACUCUUUCUAUGUUAUAGUCAAGAAAUAUGUGUAAGAUUUAGUAGGGGGGGGCAGGGCAAAUGCAUGUGAGAGGAAAUCAGAGGACCUCAGAGUUCCUGAAACUGGAGUUAUAGGCAGUUGUGAGCCACCUGAUGUAUGGAAGAGCAGCAAAUGCUCUUAACCACUGAGCCAUCUCUCCAGCCCCGUCAAGCAAUAUUUUUGAUACAGCAAGUAUUUUUACACUGCUAUACUCUAAACACCAGGGUUCCCGAUAUCCUGAUUUCUAAAAAGGAACUCAAGUAAAACAGAUGCCUGGCUGUUUUAGAAGAUCUGUUGAAUGUUUUAUGACUGCCUGACUGUUUGAAUAUUGGCAAAAGGAUAAAUAAUAAAUUGACAUCAAAAAGUA